UCGAUCCGAUCACACACAGUACGGAAGGGUGAGUCGUAGAUUCGCUUUGGCAGAGGUUCUGGUUGAUGUUGGUUGGCAGGGAAGUGGUGAAGAAAGGAAAAAGUGAUUUUAUUUUUUCCUACGCGGCCAUCAAUGUCCGCAAGUUGUGUAUUGUGCAAGGGCUUUCGUGCGUCAAAAAAGGGCUGGAAUUUUGUUUCCAUCAUCUGUCGAUUGGAAACGACGGGAAAGGAACAUCCGGUGAAACAGCGUCACAAAGGGUUGGAAAAGUAAGCCUUUUCGAUACGAGCUAGAAGUGGUGGUGCUGAGGUGUAGAAGUUGUUUUCUUUAUUCGCUCUGUGGAGCAAUUUUUUCAACGAUAGAUUUCAACGUAGUCCCAUCAAUUCACCGCAAACUUUGCUGACGGGAAAAUCAGCAUGUUUCGUUUUGGAAGUGCGGUGGGGAUCAGUGACAUGUUCGUGAAAUCGAUGUGAGCUAUCGACAAAGUGUCAGCAGACGACGGAGGAAAUCAGCAGGAGAAGCAGCAGAAUUGAGGAAAAGUAUGAUAAUACGAAUCGAGCAAGGAAGAGCGAAACGCCGAAGACGAAGACAAUUCUACGCAACAGAAAACCGAGCGGUCUUUGCGGAUACACAGGAAGAGCUUCCAGCCGAUACUUCGGAGAAAAGUUCGAUACAGCACUAGGAAAAAAACAGUUCGUAGCGAAAGCAAAGCAGAGGCAAGAUGGAUGUAGCAAAACUGUUCUCCGAUCUGGAAUCGAACAACCUGCCUUUGGCGGAGGAGUCGAAGAAGCGAUUCUCGGAGCUAUUCGCGGCCUCACGAGAGUCCUGGUUACCACAUAGCAUGAUGGAGUACUUCGGCCAGACAUCGUCUGUUCGCAUAGUCGAGCUUCUGGUCAAGGUGCAGAAUCCGCAUGACAAAUAUAUCUUGGACAAACUGGCUGACUGGAUAAAAAGUGGUUCGAACAAAAUGCUCGCAUUGGAUUUGUUUGCGCACAUCAUUCAGAAGCGACCGUCCUGGCUGUGUAAUGUCGGUACCCAUCAGCUGUUCAAGGAAAUGCUCAAACUAUCCAAGGAGGAGAAGGAAAUCAUUCCGCUGAUCGCCGCGGUUCUGAGCAUCAUCAAUCUACUGCCCGUCAUACCUUUGGUGAUGGGAGAGUACGUUCAGGAUUUGUUUCAGAUAUUCAACUACCUUGCCACGUUCGACAGAAACACUUCCGUAAACCUUCCGGAGGAUCAACUGAUCUAUCUACAGUUCGGUUUGUAUGAACUCUUCAACAGGCUGUAUGGAAUGUAUCCGUGUAAUUUUAUCACGUUUCUGAAACGGUCGUAUUGUGGAGAUAAUCAAGCUAUUUUUCAACACACAAUCAAACCAUUACUGGAAACAGUGAAAAUCCAUCCACGAUUGAUUUCCUCGGAUCAGAAAAGUGAACUGAGUAAAGUUCGUUGGAAGAACAUGGAACCGCACGACGUGGUUAACGAAUGCGCUCGAAUGUCUCUAGAUUACCUUGACAAACCACAGGAACAUCAGCUAGCCGUAAGCAAUGAGUGUCCGUGCUAUGCGACGCCCAUCAAACCGGUUGAAUUUAGUGCCGUCACAGCCACGAUUGACUUUCAGUGGAAGACAAGUGUAAACUACUUCAAUACGAUUUCCACUGACCAGAAACUGAGCACCAUUGCAGCGCAGAAUUCUUUCUGGUCUCCGAGCAAUAUGAUGCAACCGACGCCACCACCCGGAACAUCAACGGUUCCGCACACUCCAAAUCCAACGCCCAGCUACGCAAUCCCUACGAUAUCGAGUCCUCUGCUACCGGCGGCAGACGGUGCUUCCCCUCCGGAAGCAGCCGUCGAAGCUACACCGGAAACUACACCGAUGAAGGAUAUCGUGAAGCACCCCAGACCCUUCCCGGUCAACUCGUCGACGGUUCGUGCCAUGUCCUGGAACACUAGCCAACCGUCGUCGCCAGUCAAGAAAGAAGCCGGCCAUUUCAGCUACGAGAAAAAUGUUAUCACAUCGCAAAAGUUACUGCGUAUGGUUAACGACCGGAACCAUUCGGUCCUGCAGUUGUCCAACACUACAACCGCGACCUCCACCAGCAACAGUGUGCCUUCGAGUCCGCUACCGAUUGAUCAACCGACGUUUGAAAUCAACCGGGUAGCGCAACUGGUGUCGAACUUGAAGCUCACUCCGGGCGGUACCUCGGUGGCGCUCGUGGGAUCACGUUACGAGCUGCCGUUGCCUGCCGGCCAAUCUGACUGUACUCAGGAGGACCAGGAAGUGAUCGACAUCAACAGUCACCUACUGCAGGAACAGAUGCCGUUGCAAUUGUCAAGCCAACCCCCGUCAUCCCAGCAUCAGCUACUGUCCCAUUCGCUUCCGGUACAUCCGAUGAAGGAAGUAUUCGACGUGGAGGAUUUUGAACAGGAAGAAGGUUCGCCCUGUUCGGCCGGUGGGCUCCAUUUCAAGAACUCUCAGUCGAUGAUUAACUUUACCCGGAAGCGGUACCGGAUACACAGUCAGUGUGUGGUUGAUUCGGAUCCUAGCUAUAGCACGGGAACGUCACCCGCAGACACCAGUAGCUAUAUGAUGAAGAACGGUACUGGGAUCAGCGUGACUCGGAGCAGUGCAGGUGAAUCACGGAAAAAACAUCAGCGUCGUCAUUCGCUACCAGAUCUGAAAAAGUACAGCUUGAAAGUGGAUCCGAAGACGCUGACUGGAGACAGGCAGGAUUUGACACUCGUGGAGGCCAAUGGGGACAGUAGCAGUGGAAGCAGCCCGUCGGAAGAGGAAGCCAUUUCGGCUGCGACACACUUCAACAAAAAACAAGAGAAGAAGAAUAUUCGAAGAAAUCAAGCUCUGUUUCAAGAGAUUCGAAAGAACUUGACGAGUGCGCUGAGUGGUGGUUACCGCGGUUGUCAGAUAGGUGCCCCAACCUCUUCCCAACAGUUUGUGAGCAGCGGAACUCAAACGAUUGAAAACUAUCCGCAGCCAUACGAGCAAAUUGUGUACGGAAUUUUGCAGGAAGAAAUGAAGUUUAAGUCGGACAUCGCUAUGAAAAGGUUACAGGACAAGAGUGAAAAUGAGAACAAGCCUGAUCCCAACCUAAUGCUUGACAAGUACAUUGAACGGUGCGUGAAAAGAAGAAUGGCGAACGGAGAUCCUAGACGUAUGGAAGAACUGUACAAAGAUCAUAUCACCCUACUGUGCUUGCAGUUGCAGUACGAGAAACAUCGACGAGAGAUUCACGCCGAGCGUAACCGAAGAUUGUUGGGAAAAAGUAGAGUGAUACGUGGGUUGGAACAGGAAAACGAAACACUGAAGGAUCAGGUUUCACAACUGACCAAAGAGAUUAGCUCGCUGAACACGGAAUUGGCGGCACUGAGGAGGAAAACGAAUUCAGACUGGAUCAAAAGUUCGACCGAGGUAAUCGAACUGAAAAAACGGCACACUGCCGAGAUACAGAAGAAUCAGGAUCUACAGAAAAAGAUUAAGGAGCUUGAGGUAUCGCUGGCGGCAGAAACACGAGCUCGUAAAGAGCAAACAGUGGCCAUUGAGCAGACACGUGGCGAGUUGUUUGAUUUACGAAACGAAAUGCAACAGGCCUUAUUCAAGGCGGACUUGGGCCAGCAGUACAGAGAUGAGCUAACCAGACUGCAGUGUGAACUCAUUUUGAUGGGCGAAAUUCAGUUAAAAUGUAAGGAAUAUCUGGCAAAGCUGGACAAUCUGAAGGCGAGGGAUGCCGAGAACGCCAUGAUUCAGGAGACCUAUGGAAAUGAAGUCAAGGAUCUGAAGUUCAGCCUGGAGAUGAAAUCGGCUCAGCUGGACUCGUCGAAGGAGCGUCUGGCAGAACUUGAGCAGCUGCUGACGAAGCGAGACGAAACGGUCACCCUGCAGAAGCGCAUGCUGAAAACGGUCAAAGAAGAGCAUAAGGAGCAAUUCAAUGCUCUCGAGCGCAAAUAUCACGCACAAAAAGCGAUUGUGGUCAAAAUGGAGGAAGCAAUUUUGGAGCUCCGUGUGAAUGCGGCCGCUCGGUCUCCCGACUCUGACCGGACUGAUGCUGUGGGCUCACUGGAUCACACUUCUCCGCUAUCAAUUUCACUUGCUUCGAGCGAAGGCCUGUCGGAAAUUAAAAACUUAGCUCUGGUAGUGCAAUCUGGCACGGGUGGUGUUGGUGUUGGGAAUCAAAACAACAUGGAACUGGAUUCCAGCCUGCCGACACCGACUGGUGUUCUUUCUCAUCUAUCAAUGGACAAUAAUAGCGCUUCAGCUGGGCUGGUGAUUGCCGGCCGACCUUCUCCUCUGGUCCCUGGAAACCAAUCAGACGACGCCGGUACUGCCAUUCCGGGGCCAAGCCAACGACUCUGAACGGUGUUGCUGCUUUCUUUGUUUUUCCCGUAUUUCUAUGUUUCGCUUAUUCUCUUGCUCAUGGAAUAUUCUUUCCAUUGUUAUCGCGGGGGAAAAUUCUUUCCUUCUUUCGCACUUUCUCAGUACUCCGCAGAUUUCGUUCCGAAAGCGCACUCCACCUUCUUCCAUUCACUCUUACUGAAACCAAUCGUUGAACACAAUUUUCUAUCGUUUGUUAGGCUGUUAAUUGAUUAUUGCGUUCAAAACAUUGCAAAGGAAUAGAUACGUUGAGAGCAAAUAUUUGGUACCUAUGUAUGAAGAUUUACUAAGAAAAGAAGAAAAUAAUAUGUUAAAGAAUUCUAA